AUGAAACAAGUAGAGAAAGAAGAAAUCAUGGAAUCAGAAAUUAAACUACUGGCUAUGGUGGAUCAUCUUAAUGCUGAAUACAAUGUUGAAUUGAAUUUAAUUAUAAAUAUUGGUGAAAAUGAAGGCGUGGAACUGGAGGCGAUUUUACAGAAUGUGCAGCUACCGAAAAUAAUAACUACUGCAUCAGAUGUAAAAUUGAGUAAUUUAUAUCGAAAUUUCAAUAUGAACAUACUUAGUCUGGUUUUACUGAAGCAACAGAAUAUGAACGAAAGUUUUAUGGCCUUGGAUCAACUGCUGUGGAGGCGGCAUUAUACCCCUAUUAUAUUCAUCUACAAAACAAUGGAAAGCAAUACAAUUUUGGAUAUCUUUCAAAAAGCUUGGCAACAGGGUCACACAUCCGUUGUGGUCUGGUGGCAAAAUAAAGUCUUUAGCUAUAACCCCUAUCCCAGUAUAAAAAUAAAACAACUGGAAACCCCCCAGGACUUCAUGAAACACUUACUACAACAGCAAAAUUUUAAUAAAUUCGAAAUAAAAGUGCCACUCUUUCAUAAUCCUCCACGGAGCUUCAGUUAUGUCAAUCGUGAAGGAGUUGAGAUUCGAACCGGAUUUUUUUGGAAAACAAUUGAAACAUUCGUGACGUCGCGCAAUGGUACAUUACAAUAUGAGUUCUUCGAUAUAUGGUCGACUGAUUUGAAUCGGGAAACUGUUACGGAUUUCAUUAUGAAUGCUGGUUAUAGUUUCAUACCCACAAUGGUUGUGCCCAAAGGCGACUUUGAGAAGAGUAAUGCCAUACAUUUUGCUCAUGAUUAUCUGCUAACUGCCGUUGGCAAGGAAAUUCCCGAAAACCAAUAUCUGUUGAUAACCUUCGAUACCGAAUUGUGGCUAAUGGCUGAUGUAAUUUUUAUAAUAAUAUUUCUAAUUUUAUUGACAGUAAAACGGCUUUAUUUCAAUAUAGUGGAUAUAUCUGGUUGCUUACUAUGUUCCUUUAAAGUACUGAUUUUCACUUAUGACGUUAUCUAUGGCUGUAAUCUCUCCAGUAUUUAUGUAUCGCGUAUUUAUGAACCCGACUUGAACACCCUGCAGGACAUUGCUCGUACGAAUUUACGUGUACAGGUAUACGGCCUGGAAUACGAUCAUUUAAUGUCAUUGGAAAAUUUACCGAAAUUUCUGUACAGUCGCAUGUUCGUUGGCAACAAUACAGAGUUUCAGGAAAAUCGUCACAAUCUGCAUUUACCUAAUAUAAUAACGGGAAUGGAAGAUAUUGUAGAGUUUAUGCUUUUUCAACAGUUGUAUAUGACUAGACCAAUUGCCAGAUAUAUCCCGGAAUCAUUUUACUCGAUACCACUUUGCAUUCCCAUACCGCAUCGUUCACCAUUUCUGAAUGAUUUUAAUCGGAAGAUACCAUUCUAUAGAGCCGUGCCAAAACAUCGCCUGAUAUUGAAAAUUACCUAA